AUGACUCUGCUGCUACGAGGGCCCUGUCGCCUGCUCGCCCCCCACAGACAUGCGACAUGCCGUCCCCGCGCAGGGGCAGUCUGCACAUCACCACCAUCGUCACGGUUCAUAGCUUUACCACAACGCCGAAAUGCCUCGUCUUCUUCCACCGACAACAAUGCGCAACAGCAGGCCCCCUCCCCCUCUCCUGCCCCGCGACGAACUCGCCCGAAAACAGCCCUCUUCUUCCCCGGUCAGGGCGUCCAAAAGGUCGGCAUGCUCGCCCCUUGGCUCGAAGCCUUCCCCACCACCGCCGUGCCGAUAGUAGAAGAAAUAGACCACAUUGUCGGGUAUAGACUCUCGGACGUGAUCGCCAAUGGCCCGUCCAAAGACCUCAACCUCACCCCCAACGCCCAGCCCGCCAUCAUGGCGACCUCGAUCCUGAUACUGCGUAUCCUAGAAAAGGAAUUCGGGUUCAAGGUGGAUGAACGAGUGGAUUUCACACUGGGACAUUCCCUGGGGGAGUUUGCGGCACUGGUGUCGUCUGGCUACAUUGAAUUCGAAGACUCGUUGCACAUGGUGCAGAAACGGGCCGAGGCCAUGGCGGAUGCGACGAGGAAGGCAGAGGAGGAGUACGGAGGGGAGUAUGGCAUGGUGGCUAUUGUUUCCGAGCCGCCGCACAUGCAGCAGUUGAUACCUGCGAUCGAGGAGUUUGUUGGGUAUGGGAGCGAGGGGGGGAAGAGCGAGAGUGCGGAGAACAGGUCGCCGAUCGAGCAGGUGCUUAUUGCGAAUGUUAAUUCCAAGAACCAGAUUGUGCUGUCGGGGAAUAUUGAACGGAUCAAGACGCUGGUGGCACAUGUGAGGCAGUUUUUGGGGCACGAUCCUAGGGCUGUGAGGCUGAAGAGUGAUAGUCCUUUUCAUAGCCCGAUUAUGAAGCCUGCUGUGGGGGUUAUGCAUAGGAUUUUGAACGGGAGGAGUCGUCGGGUGAGGGGGAGGGAGGGGGAGGAUAUUGUUAGCUGGCCGGGGCUGGUGCCGUGUGUGAGUAAUGUGACGGCGAGGGUGUUUGGGAGUAGGGAAGAAGUAAAGGAUUUGCUGGCGAGGCAGUGUUUGGAGACUGUUCAGUGGUGGGGGAGCAUCAAGUAUUUGGAUCAGGAGGAGAAGGUGAGGAGGUGGGUGGGGAUUGGGCCGGGAAAGGUUGGGAGGAACUUGGUGGGCAAGGAGGUGGGGAUGAGAGGGAAGGAUGCGGUCAAGGGGGGUGGUGUGUGGGCUAUUACUGAUCCGAGCGAGAUUGAGGAGGUGUUGAGGGGGUUGGAGGAGACGGAGAAUUUGGUGGAGGAGGCCGAGUGA